AAAUAUAAAAUGUAGAGUGUGCGCUAUUAGCUAUUAUAGUUGAGCAGCUCUAUACAUACAUUUUCUUUCUUCAGCAUUGCGCGUCUCCACCGCUGAACACCACCAGACGAAAUUGCAUGCUAGCUAGGAAAACAGGAUUAAUUAAAGAGUGAAAGGGCGGAUAGCUCGUUGUAUCACCAUGGAGUCCUACGAUAUAAUAGCAAAUCAGCCUGUGGUGAUUGAUAAUGGCUCUGGUGUUGUUAAAGCUGGUUUUGCAGGAGACCAGAUCCCCAAAUACUGCUUCCCAAACUAUGUGGGUCGUCCAAAGCAUGUUCGGGUGAUGGCAGGUGCGCUGGAGGGAGAUCUCUUCAUUGGCCCAAAAGCAGAGGAACACAGGGGACUCCUGUCUGUGCGGUACCCUAUGGAGCAUGGUAUUGUGAAGGACUGGAAUGAUAUGGAGCGCAUCUGGCAAUAUGUGUACUCUAAGGAGCAACUACAGACCUUCUCUGAAGAGCACCCUGUGCUGCUAACAGAGGCCCCCUUGAACCCAAGUAAAAACCGUGAGCGUGCAGCAGAGGUGUUCUUUGAGACCUUCAAUGUACCAGCGCUCUUCAUCUCCAUGCAGGCAGUAUUAAGCUUAUAUGCCACAGGCCGGACAACAGGAGUGGUGCUGGAUGCUGGUGAUGGGGUAACCCAUGCUGUGCCCAUCUAUGAAGGCUUUGCCAUCCCUCACUCUAUCAUGAGGGUGGACAUUGCAGGGCGGGAUGUCUCACGCUACCUACGCCUGCUACUGCGCAAGGAAGGCUAUGACUUCCACACCUCAGCUGAGUUUGAGGUUGUGCGUACUAUCAAAGAGAGAGCAUGCUAUCUAUCUCUGAACCCACAAAAAGAUGAGACCUUGGAGACAGAGAAGGCGCAGUACACUCUUCCUGAUGGCAGCACAUUGGAUAUUGGCCCUGCUCGAUUCCGAGCCCCAGAGCUUCUCUUCCGUCCAGACCUGAUAGGGGACGAGAGUGAAGGAAUCCACGAGGUUCUGGCUUUUGCCAUCCAGAAGUCAGACAUGGACCUGCGACGUACACUCUUUUCCAACAUUGUCCUCUCUGGGGGCUCCACUCUCCUCAAAGGUUUUGGUGAUCGAUUGUUAAGUGAAGUGAAAAAGUUGGCACCCAAAGAUGUGAAAAUAAAGAUCUCUGCACCUCAAGAACGACUCUACUCCACGUGGAUAGGGGGCUCCAUCCUUGCGUCACUGGACACCUUCAAGAAGAUGUGGGUGUCAAAGAAGGAGUAUGAGGAAGACCGAGCACGUGCCAUCCAUCGGAAGACCUUCUGAAGAGGCGGGCGGUGCUCCUUUUCUGCCCAAAAAGCUCUGGCUCAAGUCCACCAACUACUCCACUACACCCCCUUAUGAUAAGGAGAGCCCAUGGCUCCCUAUAGCAUGCCUUCUACAUACUUCCCUACACACGCCAUAUGACUGGGACACUGGCCAGGACUGGCAAAGUGUUGGGGAGCCAUUACCAGACAGACCCAGAACCUGUCCCAAUGACAAGGCUUUAAGUUGCAUCACUUGAUAUUGUGGACUUUUUCCUUAUUUUUAACAUUUAAGGCAAACCUGCAUUGCAGGAUGCAAAUUCAGUAUUUAUUCUACGGUUUGUUAUGCCCCAUAUGAAAUGGAUCAUAAAAUCCAUCACUUAAAUGCCAAUGAAGGUGAACGUUCUGCUUUACUUUGAUGUAUAGAUUCAAUUAAGAAAUUUGUUUUUACCUUUUGGGCUUUGUUACUGUGGCACAUUAAACGUAGUGUGCAAAGAUA